AUGACAGAAGAAGUAGACAGAAGACAUGGUGUGAAUGGUAACAGCAGUAAUAAAGCUGUGAAUGAGGAUGUUCCUGGUCACAAUUCUGCUCUCUCUACAACUGGUGGAAGGCUUAAAUUCUUCAAAGAUGGUAAGUUCAUCCUGGAGCUGGUGCGGGGCAGCGCGCGCGAGGGCGAGCGCGCGGGCUGGGUGUCGGUGCCGCGCAAGACGUUCUGGCCGCCGGCUGCCGCGCCGCCGACGCCGCCCGCCCCGGCGCCGCCCAGCGCCUCGCUCAGUGUCUCCGACGACAACAGCUCCGUGCAGUCCUCACCCUGGCAGCGCGACCACUGCUGGAAGCAGCCCACGCCACGUCGGAACGUGUCCAAAGAGCUAGCCAUGUACUACUGUCGCCCGAGCACCUUGCACAACACUGCCAUCGACGUGCCCGCCCGAAUUAAGCGUAGGAGGCCCUACGAUACCAGCCACUUGGACCUACUCAACGGCGGCGUCGCCAGAAGAACUCUCACCAACGGACUGUGCGACAAUAAUAGAAACGGCGACGUCGGCUCGCCGGACGAGAAACCUUGCCGCGGCGAGGACGUCGUCGACGCCCCGCCGCCCGACUCAAAAACGAAGACGAAUUCGGAUGACGACAGGCGGACGGACUACGACCGCGAAAAAUAUUUUCAUAUGAAACUAAAAAAACCAUAUCAGUAUCAUAAGUUAAGGGUGUACAAAAAGACGAGGCCGCCGACGAGACGCAAGGUCUUGAAUAGAACUAUAGAUAAGCUACGCGAGAAGAUAUCCUCCCUGCCGGUGCUGGUUAACGCGAAACUGGCGAACUGUCGACAGGAGCAUAUGAUGGUGUCGCCGAGGAAGCGUAUUUUGAGGGAAAUGGAGCGAGUGAGCCUCGAGGAUCAGGCGACGAAGCGUCGAGCUAAAACAGUACCCGCGCUCAGCACGGCGUCGUACCCGCCGUCGCCGGGGCCCAGCCAUACGCACAAGCCGGUGGAGACACCGUCGCGGCCGCACAACGGCACGGCCGUACGGAAGGAGACGACCAUGACGAAGAACGUCAGCAGUUACAGUAUCCACUCGCUGCUCAGCAAGCCUGACGAGAGUCCGACGCGGCGAUCGCCCGAGGCCAAGCCCUCGCCUCACUCGUACGCGCCGCCGCUGCUGACGGAGUCGCCGUCGAGCGUGCACUCGCCGGACCCGAGCCCGAGCCCGGACGGCUACAGGUACCGGUACGGUGCGUUGGCGUUGGGCUCGCCAGGGCGGGGGCCGAUGGCGCGGGAUUCGCCGACGCCGCCGGAGCUGGCGCGUUAUCGGGGCGGUUACGCUCCGACGUCGCCGUACGGAGUGCGCGCGUGGGGCGGUCCGUACCGGGACAUGCCGUAUCGGGACGUGCCGUAUGCGUAUCCGUACGGCUACGUACCACUGUACCGCGCGCCGCCGCUGUGGCUGCAGUACGCACCGCACGCGCACCACGCGCCGCCUGGGCCCUGGGCGCCGCUGCCCCACCCGCUGCUCACUGACCACAUACCCAAGGACGAACACACCUCCGAUUUGCCAUUGAACUUGUCGAAGCACUGA